AUGGAUAAGCUUCUUGAGAAUCAUCAGUUUGCGACGCAUGCCAUAGCAGCCUCGGCCUCUGUCUCGCUAGGAACUGCUCUCGCUUACCCUCUGGAUACCAUCAAAACUAUAAUUCAGGUUGGUUCAGGACCCAGUAAGAAAUUGAGCUCCUUUCAGGUCGUCAACAGAGUUUUCCGCUUCUCUGGCUAUUCAGGUCUGUACAGUGGUCUUGGAUCGUUAACCUUAGGAAGAAUUUCAGGCGUUGGUGCAAGGUUUGGAGUCUAUGAGAUUCUCACAGCUUUCUACAAAGAUGGUCGACAUGAUAACUAUGUGGAAACCAGUGAAGCUUUUCUAGCUGGAGUGAUAGGAGGUGCAGCGGAAACAGUGAUGACAUCUCCAUUUGAGCUAAUCAAAGUCCGAAACCAAGUGGCUGCUGCGUCACGUGCACCAAGUGCUACCGCUGCUGCAGAAACCUUACCUGUUUCACCCAUGAUAACAAAGCUGCUAAGAAGAUACACACUCGAUGUAAAGUCACUGACGCAAACAGUCAGUCUCUUAUCCGUAUUAAACCAUAAACACCCAAACAUGACAGCCGCGUUGCAAGAGUACCCAUGGAUGAUGACUGGAACAGGAAACCCUCCAUCAGCCAUGGAUGUUAAGAGACCGCUCGAUGUUGCGUCGCUUGAAGGAUGGAGAGCUUUAUGGAGGAAUCUACGUUCGGGUCUUAUCAGGGAUUGUGUUUACGGAGGAGUGUUCUUCUCGACGUGGCAGUUUCUUCAUGAGGCAAUGCGCGGUUGGAAAGCUGUUGGAAUGAAUCCUCUGCCCAGUUCCGAGGAAGAAAUCGGACCAUUAUCUCCGGUAGGUGUUAGCCUGGCUGCUGGGUUUUCUGGUGCAGUUGCAGCUGCAGCAUCUCAUAGCUUUGACACAGCAAGAACACGAGCACAGUGUGUAAUAUUGCCAAAGUAUACAGCAAAAGAGAGGAAGUUUCUGAAAUGGAACAAACCGGGAAAGAGAUUAGAGAGAUGGACAGGGAUCCAUCCUACAGACAGAAACCUCUUGUUCAGAGGAAUUGGGGUAAGGAUGGCUCGAAGCUCUCUUGCAUCGACUGUUAUCGUUGGAAGCUAUUACUUAGCUGUUGAUUUAUUGGUUCCAAAGUGA